AUGGGACAGGCGCAGGUCCCUCUGCACUUCCAAUCAACUACUUUUGCAUCAUCCGCCGCAGCAGAGCAAUCGACGCGUCUUGUCGCCUCUUUGGCCCUUUACCCGGCCCUCGCCAUUCUCGCAGUCUCUGCCUCCGAACUGGGCCCCGAAUCCCGCCGCUGGAUCGUUGACGAGAUUCGGAGCUCAUCCGGGUUGCUCUCUUCAGCCGCCAUGUCCUUUGGCUUCAACGCUUCAGCAAACGCCACGAGCGGAGGCGCGGGAGGUGUAAAUGCAGGGCCCGAUCUGGAGACCAUCCAAACCGAGGCCCUCGGCUUCCUAUCCAUCGCUGGUGAUGCCAAGGUUCGCCUCACAUCCGCUUGGGAGACGCUACCGACCGCCACGUCCUCGCUGCUCAGCGUUGCCUCGAAACGAGGUCUCGUUGCUGCCGCUGGUCCUGAUCAGCUGGUCAUCGCCACGACCGAAUCGAUUCGAAAGGCUUUCGAGGCUCCCAAGGAUGGCGAUUCCGACAUUCGCGGCUUUGAGCCCCAGCUCAAGAUCCCCAUGCCCAUGCGGGUUUCGCAACUCGUCUUUACCGCCGACGAGAAUUACCUGGUGCUCUCUGCAGAAUCCGGUGGCGGCCUCGCUGUCUACCAAGUCCAAAGUCUUCUCCAGGGAUCUUCAAAUUCUGCGUUUGAGCUCUCUACCAAUGGGGAGGCCCUGAGGUCGUUGGUGCCAAACCCAACAAUUCCGGAGCUUUGUGCCAUUGUCACAAACAACGGCAACCUCCACAUGGCAAAUUUCCAAGAAAGAAAAAUAAGCAAUGCACUCAAGAGUCAAGUCAGCUGUAUCAGUUGGAGUUCAAAGGGCAAGCAGCUCUGUGCUGGAUUAGCAGAUGGAACCAUCCACCAAAUGACGCCUGAGGGAGAGGGAAAAGCCGAUAUCCCCAACCCUCCCAAUGUGGCCAACUGCCAUGUAUCAUCACUUACAUGGCUUGAGAACAACCUGUGGCUCGCUAUCCACUCAACUAGUGACUCGCCUCCCUCUUCCAUUUAUCACAUCAUUACGCGCCAACCGCCUUCAUCAUUCACCUACCAGAAACUCACGGACCCUGUUCAGCCUUUUGGAUCAGACAAGGUCCCCCACCAUUCUAUACUUCGAUUGCGAGAUUUUCCCCCGGAUCUGCAGGAUCUCCUUAUCGUCUCGUCGACUGCAUCGACCGAUGUUGGCCUACUGACGCGAUCAAAGAAUGCGCUGACAACCGAUUUAUCUGCCGAGUCCAUCACAAAUGUCUUCACUACUACCGAGUUGCUUGAUGACUCUAAACGACCAACACUUCCGAUGACUGACUCCGCAGACGAUUCUACACCCAUUGGAGUUGCUCUUGAUCUUUCCAGCAAGGAUAAGAUUUACAAGCCUAUACCAGCGGACGAAGAGCUUGAAGAAUCGCCUACUCCCUUGCCGGGAUUCUGGAUUCUGACGCACGAAGGUGUGCUCUGCUCGUGGUGGAUCAUCUAUACCGACUCAAUUAAGAAGGCCAUGCCCUAUCCAGGGCUGACGGCAGUUCAAGGAGACACGGGAUCUGUGCCAGCACCUGCCGCAUCUUCGGCAUCACCCUUUUCCAACGCAGCGCCAUCGCCCUUUUCCUCAUCAAGCGCAGCUGCUCCAGCUUUUGGGUCUUCGGCACAGCUUGGCCAAAAGGCGUCACCUUGGGGCGCGGCACCAGCUUCGGGAACUGCUGCGCCCAGUACAGGAGGGGCCUUUGGAUCGAGUACUUUUGGGGCCGCAGCGCCAGCCGCUACGUUUGGGAAGCCGAGCGCCGUAGGUUUCGGCCAAUCUUCGCAGCUUGGGAUGCGAGCCUCUCCUUGGGCAUCUGGUGGUGCAGGAACAGGAGCAGCAGCAGCAGCGCCCGGUCCGGCAUUUGGCCAGUCGGGCUUUGCUGGCUUCGCAAACAAGAGCGCUCAGAGCCCGUUUGGGAGCACCCCUGCAAGCACAGCUCAAUCCUCCACACCUGGUUCUUCUGGAGGAUUCGCUGGAUUUUCUUCGCAGGGUGGCUUUGCUUCCCUUGCCGGCAACAAUAGCAGCAGUACCGGAGCUAGUGUCUUUGGUAGUGGCGGCACUCUAGCUGGAGCUGGGAGCGCUUUUGGAUCUACCUCAACAGACACAGCAUUUCCGGCAAAGCCUUCCGGAAGUGCCUUUGGCAGCCAAGAGAAGCCGUCUGGCAGCGUGUUUGGCUCUACUCCUUUCAAAUUAGAAAGUUCUUUCAAGCCCGAUCCGUCCCAAGGAGGCGAUGACAAAGCGCCGGCAGCUUCUGGGUCAUCAAUGUUUGGAUCUACUUUUGGAUCUGCUCUCAAUGACGCCGCAUCCAAGGCUCCUGACUCCGCAGCAUCGGCUAGAGAUGAAGACAUGGAUACCGGUGAGGCAUCUCCACAAACCGGAACUGGAUCUGCAACUCCGUUAGCAACACAAGGAGCGUCAAGCUUUGGUGCCGCAUCUUCAACAACCCCUGCUGCCUCCACCACCAGCACGACUUCACUUUUUGGCAGCAAGACAGCCACUCCUCAAACUACUGGUACCGGAUUGUUUGGUACAGGAGGGGCCGCCGCCAAGCCUGCAGGUGGCUCUGGCUUGUUUGGAUCUGGGUCAUUUGGAAGCGCUUCAAAACCACCCGCUACAUCGUCUGGACUUUUUGGUUCCGCUACUAAACCAGCCGAAGACGAGUCCAAGACGCCCACAGCCAAGGCCAACCCCUUUGCCACUCCUCUGCCUCCAGAUGCGACCAGCAAGUCGUCAUAUCUCAUUGGCGAGUCAUCUGACUCGUCUGCAACGUCUACCACGUCUAGUCUAUUUGGUAGUACCGCUACCUCUAAACCAAGCAACCCUUUCGCCACCGCUGCUAAGGAUACCGACGCAUCAAAAUCAUCUAGCUUUAUCAAAGUUUCGAAGCCUUCUAAUGAGCCGCCCACGGUCGUUGAAGAUGCUCCUCUGCCUCCUGAUCCAGUCAAGUCAAAUUUCUUCUCCAAACCCAGCAAUGCCGCUCCACCAGCCGCAUUUGGGCUUCCUACCUCUGCGCCCAAGACUCGACCGAGCGUAACCUCUGCUCCGGCACUAGCAUCUGAGGGAGAGGCAGAGAGUGAUUUGGACGACAAUGCUUCCGAGGGCAGCGGCGUGGAUGUGGCCAGAGAUCUCAGUCCCACGGCCAUGGGAUUGGGUACGCCAAAAGGCCCAUUCAACGGCCUUGCACAAACCUCCAGAGCUGAUCGGGGUCGGUCACAACAGCUUUUUGGAGAGCUCGGCCGAAGCACACCCACGAUCGCCCAGCCAGGCGCAAUUCCUCGAUCGCCCAGCCCCUUGCGAGGUGGAGCGCCAAAUCGCGCUCUCGUAUCAGAUAUCACUAGAUCCGCCAGUGCACCAGGCGUAGCUGCUCAGCUAUCAGGUCCUAAUAAGUCGCAGCUCGUUGCAUCGGCUUCUGCUGGUAAAGACAAACCAGCUGCUGCUGAUGCAUUCAUAGCCCAGUCUAGAAAACUGAGAGAACGACAGGAAGCCGAAGAAACUCGGGUGUUGAUCGACGAAGAGGAUGAGGAGGUGCAAAGGGUCCUCGCCUCUGAAGUUGAGGGCACUCUGGAGCUGGAUGAGUUUAUUGCUCACUCCAAUGUUGCGCCGCCGGCCCAAGAGAGCAUCCCUGCUCAAGUCGAAGCUGUUUAUAGGGAUAUCAACUCAAUGAUUGACACUCUUGGACUCAACGCUCGCUCUGUGAGAGCCUUCAUAAAGGGCCAUACGGACGGCGGUGUUCCUGACGGCCGGAGUCCUGACGAUCUCGAUCAUCCAGAUGAUUGGGUUCUAUGCGAGAUCGACGACUUGGGAGAGAUUCUCGAAGUUGAACUUUCCGGUGACCUGGAGGAUGGUCGAGUGCAGGAUCUAACCGUUCAACUCGAAGCCUGCCAGGAGCUAGCCAGGGACAUGCAUCGACUGCGAGCCAAGCAGGAGGAUCUGAAAAGGGUCAUCAUAGCGAGGGUAGAUCCCAACCAGGCAGAGGCUACGCGAUCGCUCCCUCUUAGCGCCGAGCAGCAGACGCAACAGAAUGAGCUGAGGAGGGAAUAUACAAACUUCUCCAAGCUGCUUGCCGAAGCGGAAGAAGCACUGACUCUUCUCAAGACUCGCAUUGCAUCGCUCUCCAGUGCGUCCGGAAGGGGAACCACAAACGUGCCUACCGUAGAGGCCGUGAUGAAGACAAUCACGAAAAUGACCAGCAUGGUGGAGAAGCGUAGCGGAGACAUUGAUGUGUUAGAAACGCAGCUGCGGCGGAUGCGGCUGGAGACUCCCAGCAGAGAGGAAUCUCCUUUCCGGACACCCCAGUCAAGGAGGAGCAUCUUGCUCUCUCCGGACGCGACACCGGCCCGUAACAUGCGCCAGAGCCUAACCAGCAGCGUCAUGUCUCUUACAACUCCGACGAAGGCGUCUACGCCGCGAAAGAAGGUCAGCGGCUACAGCAGGGAUGAAAAGGGAGAUUUGAUGGACAAGAGGGCCAAGCGACAGGCAAUCCUUGGGAGAUUGAAGGACAACGUACAGAAGAAGGGCGUUAGUGUGUGGAACAUGGAGGAUAUUGAAUAA